GAUGAUUCAGUGCUGGAAAUGCUUUUCCUGGUAUCAUAAUGACUGUAUAAGUAUUAGCCAUCCGAGUUUAGUCUUUGGUGAUCGUUUUUGGCGUUAUCAGUGCAAGAUAUGUGGUGAUGAAGAAUUGUCAAAAUUAGAUAUGGAAUGGAAAGAUAUAGCUCAUUUGGUUCUUUUCAACUUAUGGCAUAUACAUGGCUAUAAACAUCAUGACGUAGCAGAUGUUAUAGAAUUUAUGAAACAAAAUUUGUCCAGAUUUCAAAAUCAAUCGUUACAAGAUCAGGAUCCAUCCACUUGGCAUGGUAAAUUUACCGAGAUUUUCUCAUCACAUCCAGAUAUAUUCAUAUGUGGAAAGGAGCAAAAGAAAAGAAGCUCCCUAUGGGGUUUGAAACAGUUCAAACCACCUACUGUAGAAGCAGCGGGACAAAAAAGACAAAAUUUUUGUGAAUUUAAGAGAAAGUGUUCUGACGAGGAUAAUAAAGAACUUCGUGGGACAGGUGCAGUUGUUAGUCAGAAAUUUCUAGAAUUGCAACAAAAAAAGAAGACGAAAACGGAGCCCAAAGCGACCAAUCAAUCUACAACUGAUCAGGCCUAUUCUCAUUUACCAACGCCCCCACCGGAACCAUCGAUCAGCAUUGACUACUCAAAAAGGAAAAGAGGAAGAAAACCGAAAGAAUAUUAUGAGCAAGCUAAUACUAAUCAACCAAAAUCGAACGCAGAUCAAUUAUCUUCACUAACAGAUAUUAGAAUGAAAGGUAAAUGCAUAUCUACAACCAGCGUCUUUGAGAAAAAUGUCAUCGAUAAUACGAUCAAGUUAACGCUCAAAUACGAUCGUUUAAAAAUGUCGAUGUCUAACAUAUUUGGACCAAUUGACAGACUCAAAAACGGUCAAACUUUUACUGUCCACGCAAAACGGGUUAAUGAAAAUAAUCAGGUAGAAUAUCUUAUUGAAUGGCACGAUGACUAA